AUGCCCGACCAGUCGCAAGAACCCCACCAAAGCUUCAUGGACAAGAUGUUCCAUCACCACCAGACCCGCCAGAACCAAGAACGGCAGCAGCAACAGCCGCAGCAGCAGGGGCAAAGCCAGAUGCAGGACCCAGAGAAGCACGAGAGUGAAAUGGAUAAGUUCAAGGAUUACAUCGAAGAAGAUGAAGAAAUGGAGCGGGAGCAGGGCUCUUAUGGAGGAUUAAUGGAAAAUGUCAAUCAACUUACUCGUGAAGUACAUGCUACUUGGGAAUGUCCAAGUACCACUGUUAGCAACACACGUUAG